AUAGGCUAUGAAGUAAAAAAUAAGAAGUUUUGAGUUGUCGAACCGGUGUUUUCAUUUCCAUCACGUUCAGUUUAAUCUAAGUUUAUUGAUCAUUAAUUUCUUAAUAUACAGCAAUGGCUCUACCUUUACCCAUAUCACCUUGCACUAAACGUGAUGGCAUCAGUUGUUUAAGUUGUGAACAUUUUGAAUACGCUAGUACCAUGGCUACUACUUUAUUAGCUCCUGUAAAAACAGAACGACAAAUUCUUGAGCACUCUAUGUCAGAAGACGAUCCAAAUGCGAACAUUCAGCUACCAAGUGUAAUUGGUUCUCAGCCCCGUUGGGGACCAAGGCACCGGGGUGCUCAAGAACUUGCAGAAUUAUAUAGUCCUGGAAAAAGACUGCAAGAAUGGGUGUGUGUGGUGGUUUGUUGCACUUUAUGUGUUUGUGCGGGCCUCCUCAUGGCCAGGCACAUUCGAGCAGAUGCCUCUCUGUUAGUAGCAGCUAUUGCUGGGGUCCUAACAGCUGAUUUCGCUUCAGGCGUUGUGCACUGGGCGGCUGACACUUGGGGAGCGGUUGACUUACCCCUUAUAGGCAAAAAUUUCCUGCGGCCGUUUCGCGAGCACCAUAUCGAUCCAACGUCAAUUACCCGUCACGAUUUCAUAGAAACGAACGGUGACAACUUUGCUAUUACUAUUCCGGUGUUAGCGCGAAUAGUAUGGCAAUUACUGUCAUGUGACGAUGUUAUUGUUAAUAAAGAAUUCAACUGGAUUGCCUAUUGGUACUUAUGCUGUAUAUUUGUCGCGAUGACAAAUCAGAUUCAUAAAUGGUCACACACAUAUUUUGGUUUACCAACGUGGGUUGUGUGUUUACAAGAAUGGCAUGUGAUAUUACCGCGCCGCCAUCACCGCAUUCACCACGUGGCGCCGCACGAGACUUACUUUUGUAUCACCACUGGUUGGCUCAAUUGGCCGCUGGAAAAGCUUCGUUUUUGGUCAACGCUAGAGUUGAUAAUCGAAGCGUUGACCGGUUGCAAACCUCGGGCUGAUGAUAUGAAAUGGGCUCAGAAAUAAUAGUGUUACCUACAAGAACAUUUAUUGUGGCCCAGAGCUCUUACGACUUUUUAUACAAAUAUCACACGUUUAACUGUAAAUUUAAUGAUGAUAUUGAAAUGUUUAAUUAAUACGGCACAUCAGGUUAAUAGAAAAGCCAAAUGUCUGCAGUUAAUUUUGAACUUAAUUAUCAACAUGUGAAGGCUUAAAAUCUAUUUGGGAAAAAUGUUGGUACUUGGUGUAAUCUGACGUGUUUUCGACUUUUCAACGACAUUGUAAUGUCCAAAAACAUUGUUUUAUAAAAAUACUAACAUCAAUUUUAUUCGGACAAGUCAAUUCAAUUUAAAAACAGGACCCAGUAAUGCAAAUAGUUAAAACAAAGUAAUUAAAAUGAAAAUACUUAAUUCUUUCAAAAAUACUUCAGGCCUCCCGUAGCACCGCAACCGAGAUACACGGUUGGCAACCCUAAAUUAACGGGACACAGAAAUUUGAUUAAAUAAAUAAUAACAUAAAAAC